AUUGUUCAUGCAUUUUCAUACCAAAUGCAUUUCGUUCCCGUUCUUUCCUUCUCGAUCUUCUGGAAUACAUUCUAUGUCUGACCGUUCUAUACUACUUAUGUGUAUAUAAUUAACCCACACCACAAUUCUUCCUUCACUCACAGGAACUUUACUAACGAAUGAAACUUUGAAGAAAACUGGGUUUAAAAUAAUCAAUCUACUAAAAACGGUUUUCGCGAAUUAUAUGAAUAAGUUAGGUGGUUGAGUGGAAUCGAGAAGUUUUAAGUUUACGUUUUGUGCUAGUUUUCAGACUACAGCAAAGCUUUUCUGUGAUCAUAAAGGUACUGAUAUUCAUCAUAUGCUUUAGAUCUACAUCACAUAGUGUAACAAUCGGGAAAGUGAAUAUCAUGGUAUUUUGGACCACUGUCUAGAACCACUGGAUAUACUACGCUGUCUAGUAUGGCAGUAAAAAACGACAUUGAUUAUAAGACCAAAUAUAAAUACUUAUAUAAAGGGCACUGAUGUUCACUGAAACUCAGUCAGUCAGUCAGUCAGCUACAACGUAGGACCAGGCACAUAUACUCAUCGGUCCAGGUUGCCAUACCUUAUUAGCACAACAAGAUGAACAGCGGAUUCAUAGGAGUGGUUAGGUCAAAGGUGGUAAUAUAUAGGAGAAAGAUUGCAAUAAGGAUAUAGUAUAGGAAGAAAGAAUUAGUUCGUAGAAAGAAAGAUAUGAAGUGAUUUUAAUCUCUUAGUUUAAGGGAAGACAGGGAGUGUAUACACCGACGCCAUUGUGAUCGAUUCUGAGCCAUGUCACCAAGAGUCUCCAACCAUUGGUUACGAUAGUCACGCGGACCCCAACCAAGUAGUCUGCAUCUACCAACAUGGCUCAGACUAGAAGUUAGUGUCUUCAAGCACUGAUGCAACGUUUUGGUUUGGCCGGCCCUAACUGUCUUCCAACCAUCCCCAACACUCGUCAGCAUUGCACGUUGUGGUAAUCGGUGUUCAGGCAUACGUAAUACGUGGCCCAACCAUCUCAGUCGAUGAAGAUUCAUAACCUCAUCAACUGAUUUACCACCAUUUCCUAAUACCCUGCGUCUAACCUCACUAUUACUUACCUGGUGAUCCCAGCAGAUGCCAGCAAUAUUUCUAAGGCAUCUGUGGUCAAAUACUAGUAGCUUACGGGUGUCUUCUACUCUUAAGGGCCAUGUUUCGCUGCCGUAAAUUAAAACAGAACGAACUGCCGCGCAGUAUACUCGUCCUUUUAUUGAUAGACGGAUAUCUCGCCUCCGCCAAAGGUGACGUAAGUUGGCAAAAGCCAAACGAGCUUUUCGAAUCCGUGCUGAGAUUUCGUCGAACAUCAACCCAUUAGGGCUGAUCAGACUUCCAAGAUAAGUGAAGUUGUCAACGCGUUCGACCACUUCACUCCCUAUCCUUAGUUCAGGUGUUGAAGGAGGCCAGUCCUGAAGCAACAACUUGCAUUUAGAGGGAGAGAAGCGCAUCCCAAACAUUCUGGCAUUGUUGCUUAGUGCUACCAGAAGACUCUGCAUUUUCUCAGCAUCGUCACCAAACAGGACUAUAUCAUCUGCGUAUUCUAAGUCGAUAAGUGGACCUCCUGGAUGGAGAUCAAUACCCGAGAAUUCAGUAGACGAGAAAGUUAUUUCUAUCAGUAGAUCUAUGAUGAAGUUAAACAAAAAUGGAGAAAGUGGACAGCCUUGACGGACACCACUUGAGGUUGCAAAAGUAGAUGAUAGUUCGCCAUAAGCUCUGACUCGACUAUUAGUGUUCGAGUAAAGAGCCUUUACAAGGUUUAUGUACUUCUGGGUUACGCCUUUCAAUGGCAGACACUGCCACAGAUUCUUGCGGUCUACCGAGUCAAAUGCUGCUUUUAAGUCGAGAAAGACCACCAUUGUCGGACGCCGAUAAGUAUGCCUGUGUUCUAGAAUCUGACGAAUGGUGAAUAUGUGGUCGAUGCAGCCACGACCAGGUCUGAAUCCAGCUUGAGUCUCUCGUGUUUGCAGUUCACGAGUCUUAGUUAGGCGUCUGAUAAUUAUCGAGGCUAGUAUUUUAGAUAUUAUAUUAGUUAAACUAAUCCCUCUGUGGUUGUCACAGGAUGAUUUUGACCCUUUCUUAUAUAUUGGGACGAUAAGUGAUUGCGACCAGUCAGAUGGAAUAACGUCUAACUCCCAGAUCUUAGCUAAAAUAUUAGUCAACCUAAUCGCUAAAAUUGGACCACCAUCCUUAAAGACCUCUGGAGCCAGUCCAUCUGGACCAGCUGCACUUCCUCGUUUCAGAUUAACUAUAGAUUUUGAACUUCUACUAGAGUUGGGGGACCUACUUCAAUGUUCCAUUCACACUGUCUGGGAAUGGAGGGUAGUUGCAGAGUAGCUGAAGGCCAGCUGAACUGUUCUCUAAAGUGUUCCGCCCAUCGUUCUAAACGUCUGGACUGGGAGCAGAUGAGAGUAUCAUCUUUUUCCGAAAUAAUCUCACUUACACUUGACUUAUGAAUUCCAGUUUCUUUUAUAAGUCUGUAAAGCUGUCUUGUGUUCCUUAUAGUCGCCGCCUUUUCCAUCUCUUUUGCUUUCGUUACCCACCACUGCUCACGGUCGUUCCUUAGACUUUUGGUUAACCUAGAUCUGAUUUGUUGUCGCUCUUCAUCAUGUUCGGAACCUGAUGGGACGAGUUUGCGAGAAUCCAUCAGUGUGAUAGACUUUGAAGAAAUCCACUGGUUCUUUGAAACUCUGUUGUUUAAGUCGCUUAUAGAUGUCACUGCUGCUUCCACAGCUGCUUGUAUAUCUUUCCAAGCAACAUUUGGGUCAUCCUCGUCUUCAGAACUACCUAAGUGUGACCUCAGUUGUUCCUGGAACCUACUUUUGGUUUUCUCGUUACUCAACUCAGUUCUAACGGGUCUUUUUAAUGUGGUUUUUUUGCGUCCAGUGAGGCGCAAACAGAUGCGUGCCCAUAUUAGGGCGUGAUCGGAGUCCAAGCAGGUACUCCAGAAUGAGCGACAAUCUUCUACCGACCCUCUCCAACGAUGACUGAUGGCAAUAUGGUCUAUUUGAGUCCAUCGUUGGUUUGGUGUAGGGGGUCGCCAUGUUUGACGUUGUCUCUCCUUAUGCUUAAAAUUUGUAUUUGCUAAAAAUAAACGAUUGUCUGAGCAUAGAUGCAGCAGACGAUCACCAUUAUCUGUUCGCUGUGUCGGAAUACUAAAAUAUCCACCUAAAUGCCUUUCUGUUUGGUUUAAACUGCCUAUCUGAGCAUUAAAGUCACCUGCUACGAGUACUAUGUCCGAACGUUUAGCUUUCUGAAGAAGUUCGAAGAGCUUUCUGUAAAAUUCAUCUUUCAUUUCAUCUGAGCUGCAGUCGGUGGGAGCGUAGGCAGAAACGACAAAAAGGCAACGACGUGUGUCCCUAUCCUUCCGAGUUCUUACGUAGCCGUUUAGCCGAACAGCACAUAGACGACUGUUGACGGGGAUCCACUCUAACAGUGCUUGUUCCUCCCUCAUGCUUAGUGCUAUGCCUACACCUGCCAGUCCACGAGAGCUGGCCGUCGGGUCACCAGACACACGGAGGGUGUGUCUCGUUUCCUCUCCGUUUUGUCGAGGUGAGGUCAAGGGAAUGACCACACUGGGAUCCUGUAUGUGUGUUUCGGAGACACAGCAUACACCAAUGGUACGAGAUUCUAGGGUUCUAGCGAAGGAAGCCUGUUGACCGAUUCGGCAUAUGGUGAGUACGUUGAAGGCUUCAAUGUGUAGUUUUGCAGUGAGGUUUCAGUAGACCUGGGACAGUGUUUUGAGCACUAGAAUUGUUGGCUAUGGUGACACUUGAGGAGGAAGCCGAAAAAGGAAGUUUAGAGUGGAGAGUCUAUGUAGGAGGAAUAAUAGGAAUUGAAGAGGAAGGUUGAUUAUGAAUACAGUGGUCUUGGGUGCUGUUAGAGGUAUGAGGGCGGUUAUCACUUCCCGGUUGCCCACAAGGGGGGGAGGGUUCUUCUGAAUGUACCUGAAAAGGAAAUCGGAUUAGAGGCCGUCUCAGUGAUCUGAGAGCGUGACCACAGUGCACAAGGGACAACUGUUUGAGGCCGGUCGCGCACUGCUUUUUCGUGGGAGGUUUUUGACGUGUUAGCUGCAUUCUUCAAAGGGCCUUACCGCCGGAGACGGAUAUCCGUGGGAGAAGGCGAGGUGUGCAUUUUUAGUGUCAACCUUUUCAACCCCCACCCCUCCUUGUGGGAAGGCAGCAUCGCUAUCAUGCUGGUUGUCUGAAGGAAACACCCUACUGCUGUCACACCUCUGUACAGUCAGCAGUACGACUUCGCCUUCGGACCUUGGGUUUGUCGCUUUUAGUCUUACCGCUCUUCAACCGACCUGUCUGACAUGGUAGGACCUUGAGGAACGGUUGUUCCAGCCAGUAUAGCUCGGUUGCUUCAUCACGAUAGGCAAGCCCGACCACCACGUCAAGGUAGCAACAACUAAAAAGAAUGUUAUAACGAAUGAAUUCUUACUUAAGAUCUUUGUUUAGAUGUAUAUUCCUUUUAAAACAUCAAUCAGUGGGUUAAAAACAGUGUUUCUUUUUUAAGUUUUACGUCUUGGAAUCGUUAAGAAUUAAGAGAGAAUAUGUACUAAUAUGAAACUUUUUAAAGUGUUAUAAGAUUUAAAAAAGAAGAUAACUGUUCAGUGUUUCAAUCCUUUCUGCAUUUACUUUGUUUGAAUUGAUUUAUGAGAUGGUGUAGUCAAAAAUUCCACUUAUUCAUUCGUCUAAAAUCAAUAACUAUUAAUUAAAUUGUUAUGAUUGUCAAAAUUUAAUUGUAAUUGUUUAAAUAAAUUACAAUUUCAU